UCGGCUUGUGCUCCACGCAGUGUGUGUGUGGUGCUGCUGUUGCUGGAGCAGGUCACGUGUUGCUGCGAGGGAGACGGAGGAGGAGGUGGCGGCGGCGGGAGCUGCGCGAAGGGGGCGGAGGCUGCUGCGCUCCCGGGAACUCAGACACAGACACAGCUUGUUUUGGUUUAUUUCGUAAGGAGAAGUGGGGGGAGAGAGGAAGCCUGGCAAGAAACUCCGGCAACUCCUGGACCCAGCGCUCCCCCUGUGCACUCAUCUAUCAGCGCCUCCUCCUCUCUGCACUGCUGCAGCCUCGGUCCGGUCGUGCACCCCGGUGUGUGGGAGGGGGACAGGUCUACAGUUGGCAGCCGGGGGUUGCAGGAUCAGGCAGAGGUGGCAGUCGGCUACCUGUCCUCCUCUUAAUCCAUCAGAUGCCACUUUCUGCACCGCGUUGGGACUGAAUGGGCACGGACACCGGCAGUGAUCCCUUCCCGGCAGUGACAUUGGAGGGGUGUCUGAUCACUGCAGCCCGCUGGGAGGAUUAAGCCGAGUUCACAGUAAUCGCCCAGAUACCGCAGUAGCGUUUUCCUUGCAUCCAUCCAGACCUACAGGCAAAACUUGAGCAAGACACAUGCAGCCCAGGAUGAAGCUGCCCGACUGUGGACAGGACUCUAUGCACAGGAUUACAUUGGGCUCCAUGCUGCCCGGCUCUGCUGCUACUCUGUGGAUAUCUUGAUCCAAGGGAAAUACAACACAACUGUGCAAAGUGGUACUGCGGCUCUGCUUUGGUGCUGAAUGAGCUGUGAAUCUGCCCAGUGACUUUUUCUUUACAAGGACUACGUAUUUUUUUUCCCCCCUUUGCGUGUCUAUUUUUGUACUAUUAUUUAUACUCUGGUACCAUGGCCAGCCCCACUGAUCCUCCACCUCAAGAGAACUUCUCCGAUGUCAAGAAGGUAGGCUACCUUAGGAAACCUAAGAGCAUGCACAAAAGAUUCUUCGUGCUGCGAGCAGCCAGCGAAUCGGGUCUAGCCCGUCUGGAGUAUUACGAGAAUGAGAAAAAGUGGAGGCACAAAUCUGGGGCCCCAAAAAGGUCCAUUCCACUGGAAAGCUGCUUUAAUAUCAACAAGAGGGCGGAUUCAAAGAACAAACAUUUAGUCGCCCUGUACACGAAAGAUGAGUGUUUUGCCAUUGCUGCUGACUGUGAACAAGAACAGGAGGGAUGGUACCAAGCUUUAGUGGACCUGCAUAAUCGGGGUAAAACGCACCACCACCAUCACUACAGUGAAGGAGCUGCCAAUGGGGUGCAUGAUGGAGUCAAUGGAGAGGAUGUGUACGGGGAAGUGAACCCCCCUGGACUGGCCUUUAAGGAAGUGUGGCAAGUGAUUAUGAAGCCAAAGGGUUUGGGGCAGCUUAAAAAUCUUGUUGGAAUCUACCGCCUGUGCCUGACCCACCGAACAAUCAGUCUGGUGAAACUCAACUCCGAUGCGGCAGCCGUGGUCUUGCAGCUCAUGAACAUUCGGCGAUGCGGCCAUUCAGAAAAUUUCUUCUUUAUCGAAGUUGGCCGCUCUGCGGUUACCGGGGCUGGUGAAUUCUGGAUGCAGGUGGAUGACUCCGUGGUGGCGCAGAAUAUGCACGAGACCAUCCUCGAAGCGAUGAAAGCAUUAAGCGAUGAAUUUCGACCUCGUAGCAAGAGUCAGUCAUCUUCUAAUUGCUCCAACCCUAUUUCUGUGCCUCUUAGGAGGCAUCACCUUAAUCAUCCUCCUCCAAGCCAAGUAGGGCUAAACCGAAGAGCUCGCACAGAAAGUGUUACAGCCACCUCACCUGCGGGAGGAACAGGUAAACAUGGAUCUUCAUCCUCAUUCAGGGUUCGAGCUUCAAGCGAUGGAGAGGGUACAAUGUCAAGACCCGCCUCAAUGGAUGGCAGCCCGGUUAGUCCCAGUGCCAGCAGGGCCCAGUCACAUCGGCAUAGGGGCAGUUCUCGGCUUCACCCGCCUCUUAACCAUAGUCGCUCCAUUCCCAUGCCGACAAGUCGCUGCUCACCCUCAGCUACAAGCCCUGUAAGUUUAUCCUCUAGCAGCACCAGUGGACAUGGCUCCACUUCUGACUGCUUGUGUCCUCGAAGAUCCAGUGCCUCAGUUUCAGGUUCCCCCAGUGAUGGUGGCUUUAUUUCUUCUGAUGAGUAUGGAUCCAGUCCGUGUGAUUUUAGAAGCUCCUUCCGAAGUGUGACGCCAGAUUCAUUAGGGCACACUCCUCCAGCUCGAGAAGAAGACUUAAAUAACUACAUCAGCAUGGGCAAAAACAAUUUGAUCCAGAGAAGCACACCGCAGAGGUACCAGUUAAGUAGGGGUGAGGAGAACUCCGACCUCGACAAAGUGUUUAGAAAGAGGACUCAUUCCUCAGGUACUUCUCCACCCACCAUUUCCCACCAGAAGACCCCUUCACAGUCAUCGAUAGAGGAAUACACUGAGAUGAUGCCUUCUUAUCCUCUACGUCUAUCAUCCUUUAGGCACUCUGCUUUUGUGCCCACUUACUCAUAUCCAGAAGAGUGCCUAGAUCUCCACCUGGAAAAUAACAGACCAAACCACAGUGAUGAUGGCUAUAUGCCAAUGUCACCAGGUGUUGCUCCUGUGCCUACUAAAAAUGGUGACUACAUGCCCAUGAGUCCGAAGAGUGUGUCAGCCCCUCAGCAGAUUAUUAACCCAAGACGCCAUACACAGGUGGACUGCAAUGGCUAUAUGAUGAUGUCUCCCAGUGGUAGCUGCUCUCCAGACAGCUGUAACUAUAGCAAAAUCUGGACUAAUGGUACUAACCCAAAGUUGUCUAUAGAGAGCAAUGAUGGCAAAUUGGCUUGCAGUGACUAUAUAAAUAUGUCACCUGCUAGUGGGUCAACUACUAGCACUCCUCCUGACUGCUAUCUGAAUUCUGUUGAAGAGCCAUCUAAGCCUGUCUACUCUUACUUUUCUUUGCCAAGGUCCUUUAAGCAUGUUCACAGGAAGACUGAUGAUGGCCACUCUCGCACAUCUGUAAGCUCAGGUCAUCCUUUAUUUACAGAGGAAUCCUCCUCUUCUUCCACAAGCAGUGAUAGUCUUGGGGGACAAGAAACCCAGCAGAGCCGGAAAAGUGAAACUUGUCUGCAAGGAAGGAGCAGCAGAUUGACCAGGCCCACACGGUUGUCUUUAGAAAGUAGUAGUAAGGCCAGCACAUUACCUAGGGCUCGGGAGCCUGCUUUACCACCAGAGCCAAGGAGCCCUGGGGAGUACGUAAACAUAGAGUUCAAUGAAAAGCUAUUCCCUGGGGGAUUGAUAUCUUCGGUACAUUCACCAUCCUACGUGCAGAGUAGAGUAAUUCCUCAGAGAGAGAAUUUAUCUGAAUAUAUGAAAAUGGACCUCAAACACUGGAGGGUAAAAAAUGCUUACACCUCAUGUAAACCUGUCAGUACGGUGUGUGCGACAGACAUAUGUAGUAGUCGUCCACCUGUUAGAGGAAAGCCCAUUCAAAAGGACUACAUGAGCAUGCAACUUGGUACCCUUUGUUCAGACUACAGUCAAUUGCCACCUGCCAGGACCACUCCCAAACCAAUUUCUCCAUCUUGUAACAGUAAUUAUGCAGAAAUGUCAAUUGGGGGAGUCCCUGAUAACUUGCCUGCUCCUCCGCCAUCUAGUAAUACAAACCUAGCAGAAAGUUCCUGCUCUCUCCUGGGCCAGGGCUCUGGACCCAGUGCAUUUACCCGUGUUAGCCUAAGCCCAAAUCGCAACCAGAGUGCCAGAGUUGUCAGGGCUGGUGACCCACAGGGUAGGAGGCGACAUAGCUCGGAGACCUUCUCUUCUACCCCCACCACAGCCCGAGUCAGUGCUGGACCUGUUUCUGGAGAUGAUGUAAAGAGACACAGUUCUGCUUCAUUUGAGAAUGUUUGUCUCAGGCCUGGAGAGUCUGUUCGGAGAGAGUCCCAGCAACCUUCAGAGCACCAUCACAAUGGCCUCAAUUACAUUGAUUUGGAUCUAGUUAAAGACUUGAGUGGCCUGGAACAUUGCAACCCCCAUCAGAUUGGGAUCACUCACCCCUCAGAUGAUCUGAGUGCUUAUGCUAGCAUCACUUUCCAUAAGUUGGAUGAACGCAGGAGCCAGGCAGAGACAGAAGAAUAACAACCUCUACAACCUCAGCAAGAUAACCGUUCAAUCUCAAGGGAUUAUGGACACUCAGUAGCCUCCACACAUCACAACCAGGACCUCACAUCCUCCUCUUCAAUAGAUGGUACGCUGCAUCUUCUUCACUUUGUUUACUACACAUGCAAACCUCAGGAGUCAUCUGACUGAACCGCACCUUCUCUGUUGUGCCAAGCAAAAAAGCACUGUGACGUCUGGGCAGAAGCAAUCUGCUCCUUCUACAUCCUUGGAGACAACCUCAGUGAUCCAAUCCUCCCAGCUUCGACUCGCGGAGCACUUGGACUUUACAUCCUCGCACAUUAUUCUCAAUUCAUUCAAUUUAAGUUGCUGCUGAAAAUUUCAAGAAAGAAAAAAAAAACUGUAUUACAAAUCAUUGGUGUAAAUUAUUAAGUAUGAAAAAACUGUUAAUAAUAAUUGAGAAUUAAAUAUUUAACAUAGGUUUUGAUUUAUACAUAUUAUUUUUUUUUGUUAGAGCCCAUUUUUUAUGUGGGAAUUUGAGGUAUUCUGUUAUAAACAGACUCUGGAUAAUUGCAAAAAUAUGGCUAAUAAAAUAAGUAGGGUACUUUCUAAGAAACACAUCAGGUCCUAGAUUGCUAGGACUCUUUAUUUUGGGUCCUAUUUAGAGACACUUGUAAUAUAAGGGUAUGUAAGAAUACAUCUGCACUCCCGGCAGUGAUGUGCUUUAACUCCUUCUGUGCCAGAUAGGGCUGCAGUUCUCCUAAAAUGUUUGUCCGAACUGACAACCCUACACACGCUACUCACAGGUUUCAGAGUUGAAAAAAAAAAUAUAUAUAUAUACAUACACAGACCUUUUCAUUGCACAGGUACGAGAAAAAUAAAAGAGAAUAGGAAAUCAAGUCUUCCAUUGUAUAUAAUGUAAAUGAAAGAAAGAAAAAAUGAAAUUUAAAAAAUAAAUAAAAAAAAUAAAAAAAAACAAAAAAGGGAAAAAAGUGAAACUUGGCUGAACUCUUCAAAUGAAACUCCCUGGAAUGAGCAAUGUGGUUGUUUGUAAAUUCUGGAAAAUCUUUCUAUAUGUAAUAAACUAGAUACUGUUUAAUUUUUCUUCUGGUAAAUGUGC